AUGUCUGGCGCCGAGGCGGCAUUUGGAGUGGUCGGGCUCCUCUUGGCGUUCAAGGGUGCCGUAGACGGAUAUCUUUUCAUUGACAGCCUCAUCGAGGUAGAUGGUAGCCAGAGAUAUCUGUGUAUCCGCUACAUCGUUGAGCGCCAUAAGCUUACGAUAUGGGGAGACCACUUCCGUGUCAACGACAAAGAGUCGUGUACACUCGGCCAACUCUCGCUGAAAGUCAGACAGAUCAUCUCGGUGAUCCUCAAUGAGAUCAAAACUCAACACUCGCGUGCGGACUCGUUCAUUAGUCGCUACGACGGACAACUGGGGAAAUUACUUCCCUCUUCAUCGUCUGAAGGGGUUAUUGGUGCCUACCAGAAUGAUCCCGUCAUACAAAAGAAGAACAAGCAACACUUCAGAUUUGUGGUUCGAGACAAGAAAAAGCUCGAAGAAGUCAUAGAUAGAUUGCGCCAGCUCAACGACGACCUAUAUGAUGUUCUGGACGUGAGAACGUCGAACCUGAUGGCCAAACACCUUUCCUCCUACGUUCUUCCUGGCUUCACCGACUCUGAAUCACUUGAGAGCCUGGGCAACCCUUCACCCAGCAUCCCAUCCCUCCUUUCACUGUCAGCCAAGAUCAAGAAGAUCCAGGAAGGGAACGACCAGACAUCUGAGGGCUCGGUGAAGAUCAAGGCAAGCAACCUGUCAUUUGGGCAAGGCAGAGACAGGGCCAUGGGAUUCUAUGGGAGUCUCGAGACGCCACAGCGCCGCGUGCUCAUCGAGUGGAAAUACAUAUCCACGAGUGCGCCCACGGAUGUGAAGGAGCGAUUGCGAGUCCGAGUAAAACACCUAGGUGUGUCGCUGUUGGCGACGCAAGACUCUGCCUUUCAAGUCCUGCGAUUUGUGGGAACGUUCGAGGACACCAAGUUUAAGCUUUCCGGGGUCGGGGAGGAGCGGAUCGGACUGGUCUACGCUGCGCCGUCCCCAAAUACCGAUCUGACCACGAUGACCACGUUGGCAGAAUAUAUCCAACACUCACGCGCUCCCGAUGGGCCUCCGUUGCCCAGCCUUGGCCUGCGAUUCAAACUGGCGUUCGCCAUCGCGUCAUCCCUCUCGCUCUUCCACGCAUCAAAAUGGCUGCACCGGAGCUUCAGUAGCCACAACGUCCUACUCUUUGCCGACAACCAAAACCCGACGAACGGUCACGCGUCCCUGGCGAACCCGUACAUCGCCGGAUUCGGCUAUUCGCGCUCGCGGUCCGACGAAUCAGUGGACUGGUUCCGGGCCGGCAGCGCCGACCGAAACUACUACAUCAGCCCACGGGUCGCGGAAGGCUUCAAGGCCAAGUUCGACCUGUACAGCCUGGGCGUGGUGCUCCUCGAGGUCGGGCUGUGGGCCUUGGUCAAGGACGAGAUUCCCCCCAAAGCUGCUGCUCCUGCGAGGCCUUCUGGAGAAGGAGACGAGACAACACCGCCGCCUAGAUCCGACGCGUCUCUCGUUCUCGACAUGGUGCCCAGACUCGCACAUCUGGUGGGCGAAACGUACAGAGACGUCGUGUAUACGUGUCUGACGAGCGGCUACGCCAAAGGGAUUUCCGACACCGAGGAGGAAAUGUUCGCGCGGGCCGUCUUUGUCGAUAUUCUGACGCCUUUGGGCGGCUUGAAGGCCUAA